GAGCCUAUGGUUGAUGACAUCACCUCCACAGCAGAGAAGAGGAGAGAAGUGUGGUGCAUGGCUCACCAAACAGAUGACAGAAACCUUCUUUCAACCCAAGACAGAUACAGCACAUCUGAGGUUUUGAUCGUAACCUCCAACGGGUCUCCUCCGGACUAUGUCCACACCAACGGGCUGCUGGGGCUGGACCUGCACUCCACACCGCAGUACAAACCAGGCCAACCAGGGCCAGAUCUGGGGAGUGUGUAUGAGGUGGUGGAUGUGCAGGGUGAAGGUUUGAAAGAAGAGAUGGAUGCAGGGGCGAUGGCGUGGGCGACUGCGCCGGGGGAAGGAAUGGCGCGAGCUAAUGCGGUGGUCACGGCCUUCAGGUUCAUCAUGAAGCAAAGCUACAUCUGUGCUCUCAUUGCAAUGAUGGCGUGGAGUAUCACUUAUGUCAGCUGGCUGACCUUGUGUUUCAUCUGGUCCUGCACGCUGUGGAUGGUGCGCGAUCACGCCGGUACACCAUGA